GAGCAGGGGGCAUUAAAGGGGGCAUUGCUCAACGCUACCGGGGGCGAGUUCAACUCUGCCAAACUUUGACCUGAUUAUUUGAUUAUUUUUCUCUCUGUCCGUGGCUCAGAGAAACUGCGAUAGUUGAGGUGAUGUUUCGCUGAUAUCCCACAGCCUUUCAUAUGUAGGACCGUGUCACAUGCACGGACAGCCAAGUUGAAGAGGACAUCCAUGAAGCUGGUAUCCACGCGUGCCGGUUCUGUGUGAAAUCCACAGCCCGGAUCCUGACACAGUUUAGCCCAUGAAAAAGUGAUUUUGUGUUUGUAGGCAUUUAUUGAACGUGAUCUGCAGGGCUCGCUGCUGGGCCAUCCAGUAACCUGGAGGAGGAGAACAUCACUCGGGCUGUGAUCGGCUCCCAUCCUCAGUAGAAUAAUUCACCACUUGACCAAGAUGGAAGAAUAUCGUUGAUGGUUUGUGGUUAAACACCCCCCUCCCCCUCGUCAGCCUGCUAACCAGGUGAAACGCGAACUUAGACGGGACAUCCGUCUUCGUGAUGCAUGGCGGCCUAUAUAGGCUCGAUAAUCUCCGAUAUGACUCAAUUAGAUGACCAUGUGUGCCCACUUCGAAGACGAGAUACUUUAAAGCAGGCCUUCGGAAUAAACAACAUGCCUUCAUCUGUGCCAUCGCAGCUGUCACUGUGCUGGGAAUUUUCCACAUCCGCUCGACAGAUUUAUAAUUACGUUUGUAGGAAGUUGUUAUUUUUGCAGUCUCAGUUCCUUAUCGGAAGUGGAGCCCGUUAGCCCACCCGGUCACUACCGGGAGCUCCUGCUCGGUGGCUGGAGUCUCCGGGUUCCCCCGGUGUGAUCAGAGGCAAUUCGAUGUGUCAGCUGCCGACUUGUGUUGCUGUUGGAGCCCACACGGUCCUCCGGCGCUCUCCUUUUCACCGGUCGGGGAUUUUUGUUUCCCAGUUUCUCACGCGGUCAUCUAUCAGCGAUUUGUCUGUUCGCGCACGCAGCCAUUGCUGAGCGAUUGACGAUGGGCAUGUUUGAGACUCUCUCGCACCGAUCCGCUCCCCCACAGCGGAGCAAUAGUUGUGUCGGACAGGCUCGUUGUCCCGCACAGCCCUGGUAGUAGUCCGGAGGCGAUCGUGCAUGCUCCAGUCUAAACUCUUGGACCAUGUCAGCUUCGCUGUGCACGUUAUUUCCUCUCAGUGGGAGUUGAGAAAAGUCAGAAAUGAGUGGAGACUGUUUACACAGCAGGCCUGCUCUGCUCUGAGGAUUCAGCCUGUCACUACUUGAGAGGAAAUUGCCUGACUGCCCCAGCGUACAUCUGAGGCAUGUUUUGCUAAAGAAACACCUAUGCAGGUGGAUUCUACACUAAUGAAUGUAGGAGAUGGAGGCACUGUGAGCAGAGAGAAUAGUGCUACGCAUAAAAAAUCUACUAGUAUGGUGGGAAAUCCCCCCCUGACACUACCCCCUGAAUUUAGAGGAGAUGUGAACCUCAAUCAGCAAAACAAAACAACUCCAACAAAAGACCGUAAAACACUCAAAGCUUGUCUUGACGCUGGCAACUGCAACCACAGCCCUGACCUUUCUCUGUCCCAGCCUAAUAAUGCACCAAUGUCCAGCUCAGUCCUCACCAGCUCAGAAAAGAGAACAGACAAAAGGGCAGAAACCCCAAAAGUCAGAGCUGAUGGUGUCGGGGUCUUCCCCACUCCUCAAUGGUCCAGCGGUGUGAAAACCAGCCGAGAGGAUGCUCUCAACCCUUGUCACAGUAACGUGGCGCCCUUAAAGAAGUCACAUCCACAAACACAGUCUCUGCAAAGUGUUCCUCCAGGGUUCCAAUGCUCUUCUAUGUUUAAACCAGCCCAGCGCGUUGCCUUUCUUCCCUCCACAAAUUUUUCUCCACAGCUUUGUAAAAUUACUCUUCCACCAGCAUUAGGUCAAAUUGCUGCUUUGAGAGAUGCCACAGGCAAUCAGUUUCAAAAAGAAAUUCAACCUCAAAGCUCAGGUGUUGGAGGGACAUCGCUCAUGCGGACCUAUCCCUUUUCGUUGUCUGUGAGCCGGACCCUGGACAAAAAGGCUGGUGGAUCAACCGUAAAGCUCAAAUCUAACCACUCAUCAAGCAAGAAUGCCAAACCUCUUAGGGAACACAAGUCUUUAGCCUCUGUUGUACCCUCACCAGCUAUUACACUACCAUUGCAGCAUCCAUCAUUAACUUCAGCAGCGCCCACCCACUACACCUUGUCUCCCACUGCAGCCAUUUGCUGUGGCUCUGCACUGGCCAGCAUCACCUCUCAGAACAGGCUGCUGAACCAUGUGGAAAAGGCUAACAGCAUAGAUAAGAAAUCCAUGGGUUUGCUCACCACAACACCUCUUUCUUCUGCUGAGGACCACACUGUUUGUUCAGCUGAACCCAGAGAUGUCCCUCUUGAUUUGUCCGCUAAGUCCAAACGUCCAAAAUGCUUAAAUGAUGUUCCUGUUUCUAUGAUGGAGCCUCAUAAUAAUGAGUCUAAUCAGACAGAUGUUUUGAAUGCAAAGAGAACUGAUUCUGCAACUUACAGCUCAGACAUUCAGUAUCCUAUCUUACCAAACUCCCAUCGGAAUGGAUCUCAUCAAAAGCAGUUAAACAGGACUCCAAAUCAGGUUUCAGAACUCAAGCCAACAUGGGGAAAGGGGUCUUCGCAAGACUCUAUUAAAAGCAUCCCAGGUACAUAUGUAGGUGUGGCUAGCCCCAUACUGGCCUCUACUCUAAGGGGCAAAGAUGGAAAGGGGACCUUUGCAGAUGAAUUCCAGAAUUUUGCAAAGCAAGAAUUUAUAUCUAUUAUUGACCAAGGAGAACAUCUGGCCUCGGCUGGAAAGAAGCCAUCUUCUCAGAUGAAGGGUAAUCAACAUGCUCACAGUGGCAAGCAUGUGAAAAACACCAGCACAGCCAUAGGUAAGAACUGCCACCCUAAUGCAGAGAUGGCAACACCCCCGUUAAGCUCUGGCAAUGCUCAGAGUCAUCAGAAAUCUGGACCCAACCAAACAGCAGCACCCUUUUCCACGGCUGUUGUUGGUGCAGCCUGGCAGCAGACAUCUCACCUCUCCCAACCAUCCACACCCAUUCAGAGAAAAGUCACACAAAUGUCUCCAAAGAACAAGAGCACCACAGCCGCAGAGGGGUGCAAGUUUCGAGGCACUCAUAACAGUCCAUCCAAACCUGAGGAUAACAGGUGGGACGGAAUAAAGUCUCCUCUGUCUACCCUUGCGUGUAUUGUACAGCAGCAAGCUACUAAAACACCUCUCUCAGGUGAGGCUAACACUCAAGGCUCACCUGGUGUGUUAAAAAUCGAUGUUUUGAACCCACUAAGUGGGAGCCAAGACAUCCAAUCCAAACUCUCCUUUGAGCGUCCAGCUUACUGGCCUGUGGAAAAAGCUGCACUAUCUCAAGGGGAUCUGAACCAAGCUACCACAAAACACGAGAGGGUGAAUGUUGCUGAAACUUUAGAGAAUAACACUGGCCUGCACAACAGUCAAGAAGAGCACGUGGGGCUGCAGACUAAGCAAGGUUCCUCAAAGCCAACUGGCCAGUCUCGAUUUAUCAGGGGCAAUGCAUCAACAAAUGGGAACAGGAUGGAAAGCAAAUUAGCCCAGGUGUUAGAGGGGGAGGUAUUGAAGAAAGAAAGUGGGACAUCAGAUAUUCCUACCAGUGAAAAACUGGAGGGCAUGGUUGCAUCCAUUCUAACAGGCCAUUUUGUAGACAAGGGUGACACAUCUGAGAAAAAGACAAACAGAACCAAAGAGGAGUCGCCAACCAAAGCAAAAGCUGCUGCUAACAAACAAAAGAAGACUAGUCCUAAAAAGCCAGCGGAGAAGUCACCAUCAGACCCAUUAAAAAGGCCCACUGGGACGAAAAAGCAAGACACCGAAAGUACUCUUGUAAACGUGUCUGCCAACAAGAAGCAGAAGAAAGUGUCUGCACCUGUGUUGGAGCAGAGUCUGUCAGCAGGAAAACUUUCCCCACCGAGCAAAGAGCCCAUUUCAAAGGACAAGAUCGGUCCUAGCGAGGCUGAACAACCAGCUAACAACAGAGCAGUCACAGAGCGCAGCAGCAGUCCUCAGAGAGAAGAGACUUCAGCGUGUCUCAGUGAGUCUGUCAUGUCCAGCAAGGAAGCAGACACACCAGAGUCCUCUUAUCAAAGGCUGAGGAGAGGACGGCGGAGAGCCGAUGAUGCUCGACUUGACCUCUGGGGUUUUGCAACCCCUUCUCCUCCACCACCACCUAUGCCUCCCUCUGCAGUUUCUCCACCACCCCCCCUGACUCCCAGCCAGCCAGUCCGCCGUCCAAGAGGGAGGCCUCGAUCAAACAUCCUACCGGGGCGCAUGUUGCAGGGCAAGAGUAAAGCCGCCAACGCUGAGGCUGACACGCCUCCUCACAAAAAACGGAUGAGAUGUUCAAAUAAGAAGUACGAGACCGGAGAUUACAUCACAGAUAAGGACAAGCUGGAAGAGGGAGAGCACCUUGAAGACUCCUUGAGAAGGGAUGCCCAAAUUCCAUCAGAUCCACUGUCAGAUGAGUGUGAUGAGAGUCCAGCUGCUCCCAGUCCAGAACCUCCUCCACCAAAAUCCUCACUCACCCGCUCAGGAUCAGUCCGCUACCAGGAGAGUGAUGAGUCACUUGAAUGCAACGAUAAGCCUUCAGGGAAGAGGAAGUUCAAAAGCAAACACCUAUUUGACAGUGAUGAACCGAAGAACAAGACCAAACGCAGCGGUUUGGGAAAGCGCGGUGCCUCCCUCCAUCUGGAUGAUGAAGCUGUUGAUGUGAAAACCCAGAAUACCCCACCUCCAUCCUCAAAAAGUUUACCAUCAUCUCCAUCCAACAAGAAAAGCUCAUCAGGGAGAAGCAGUGGUACAGACUCGCCACCAAAAAAACCUGUUCCUCCUGAGGUUCGUCGGCUGAUAGUCAAUAAAAACGCUGGAGAGACUUUGCUCCAACGAGCUGCCCGCUUAGGCUAUCAGGAUGUGGUGCAGUACUGUCUAGAAAAGGACAUCAGGGAGGUCAAUCGGCGCGAUAACGCAGGUUACACAGCUCUUCAUGAGGCAUCCUCACGAGGAUGGACUCAUAUUGUCCAGAUGCUUCUUAAACAUGGUGCAGAUGUCAACUGCAGUGCUCAGGAUGGAACACGGCCCCUUCAUGAUGCAGUAGCGAGCGAUAACUUGCCGAUCGUCUGGCUGCUUCUAAAUCACGGCGCUGAUCCAACACUGGCCACUUACUCGGGACACACACCCAUCAAACUAGCUCACAGCCCGAGCAUGAAGACCUUCCUCACAGAAUAUUUUACAGACCUGGAAGGCCGAAGUGAACCAGAUCCUGCUUUACCCUGGGAUUUCUACAGCAGCUCUUUGUUUGAGACGGAGCAGGAGGCAUGCUGGGACUUCCUGCUGUCUAAGGAGAACCAGGAGCUGGAUGAGGACAACACGGGGAAGACUGGGCAGGACUUGGACAAAGACAGCCUUCUGUUUGAGUUCUCCUCCGAGCCACUUUUACCCUGUUACCAUGUUCAGGUGUCGUUAACACAAGGAUUCUGUAACUGGUUCCUCUUGUCAGACGUGCUGAAGCGUCUGAAGAUGUCGGCGCGGAUCUUCCGGGCUCGUUAUCCACAGUUUGAGGUGGUGAGUCUGUCUCCUGCUGAGCUCUGGAAGCAGGUUUCACUCAGCCAGGUGAACUCUGCGUCAGCUUCUCCACGGAGAGGCAAAAAUGAAGAGGAAGAGGAGGAGGAGGAAGAAGAAGAGGGACUUGUGGAACUUGUUGGUUGUGUACCAGAGCUCCAGAGACUACUGGGCUCCACGAUUCACAUCCUAGAAGACGAUGAAGAGGAAGAGGAAGAGAAACGGACACCCACAGGGAAGUCCCGCAGCCGGUAGCCUCUUGCUCACUCUUUCCCUCCAUGGUUCAGCCUGAGGUCUGUCAUCUUCUCCGUCCGACGUAAUGAGGGUCAUGGGAUUAACUCCAGCUACACUUAAGACCUGACACUCCACCUUUGACCUCAAACGUGAGACAUGCACAGGGUGAUCAGGAAGCAGCUUUCAGGUUCUCCUCUAUAGGUAUAUUUGAAUACAUAAGGAACUUUUUUAUUGAUUGUGUACGUACAUGGUCGUGUAUACGUGAAUCUUGCCAUCAGGGUAAAAACAUUUGGUCCUAUGAGAGAAUGUUCUUGGGGCAAUGAGUGGAUGAUUAUUUCCUGAAGGAAGCAGCGAUGGAGAUGACCUGAGAUUUUAUCUCGGUAAAGCUACGAUGCUCAUGUCAGGGAGGCCACUGGACCUCAGAGAACUAGAGACCUGCAGUGAUGAGAUAAUGGCACAUAUUCACCAUCCAACACAUUUAAUAUCUUACUGUAGUUUUGUCACUUCUUCCACAUUUCACUAAGUAAUUCUGAGCAGAACUAAGAAGUCCCAGUCCCUGCUCGCAGGAUGAAAAGUCAUUUUGGACCUUGACAUUGAGUUUGUUUACAGGACCAGACAGACUGUUGCGUUCUUCACUCCUCACCGACUGUUACAGAAUCAUGUGGAUAUCUCUGAGCUAAGCUGUAACGUCUCUGGAGUCCAGAGGCACCGAGACACCAUCCAAAGCGCAGCCACGUCCCUCCCCAUGAACUGUUUCAGAUCCCAGAGUGUGUUGUGUUGCAGUGUUUAAUUCACACUGUUUGUUGUGCUUAAUUUAAUAGUCAUUAAUAUAUUUGACCUCUUGUGUAUCUGACAACCUUAUCUAAGAAGAAUGCUCUCUAUGGUUGGUGCUUCAUCCUAAAAUGUACUAACUAGGAUCCCUUUAUUCUGAGAUCACCACACACACACACACACACACACACACACACACACACACACACACAAACACCCUUGUUCAAAACCAGUAUUUCAGAAAAAGCUGAAGUACAGUUUUAUUGUACUGGUGCUAAGAUAGAUUUUGUGUUGACAAUCAAUGAAGUUUUGCUUUGACAUCAUAAAGAUAUUUAAGAGACUAGCGGUGUAAAGAGAGACUUAUAGUUCAGCUCCACUGAGGGAACAUGACAGAUUUUUUUAAAUUCUUUUAUGAGAUCAAGCAGAUUAAAACAUGGUUGUGUUCCAUAGAUUUUAUCUCUUUGUGUUUCCACAUUGUUUCAUUUUAUCAUCAGGUGUUCUUUUACAGCCUUUAUUUUAAGGAUUUCUUCCCUUUUCAGCACAGUGUCUUGUUUUGCUGCAGCUUCUACUGAAAAGUUGUUUUUCUCUUCAUAAAAACAAGCUGAACAGAAAUCAGAAGCAGGGUUGUGGUUUUGUUAUGAUGACAUGAUUUCUACUUCUCAGUUUGAGUUCUUUGACCCUUUUUGGACUCAAAAAUUAGCUUUCAGCAAAAGAAAAAACACAAACGUCCUCUUAGAUGUUCAUUCAAACACUGAAACUUAUUUUCCUGAGCGCUGUAUUCUUGUUUUGGUUUGACUGACUGCUGGUGGAUACCUUCAGCUAAUUAUUAAACCAAAAUGAUCACUCCUGAGAGAA